AUGUUAGGUCGGUUUGAACGCGAGCGCGGGCGGCGGACGAAGGAGCGGUCCUGAGGGCGGUGUCGCGCUCGGCGAUGCUUUGAGAGCCUGGGAGCGUCCCGGGACGCUGCCGCCCCGGAGCCGGACAGCCGCACCCGGCGCACACGGACGGGCGGGCGCCGCGCUGCAGGAGAAACCAGCCUUGGCUUCCGUCCGGGAUUUGGAACUCUGAGAGCGGCGGUUUCCAAGAGUUGUUCUCGACCUCCGGGGCCAUCGUCUGUCUCCCUUGCACACUUUCGGCCGACAGUCUGGGUUUUGAAUCGGGGAAGUUGGAACUUCCCACCCUCAUUUUACCGUUCAACACGAUGGAUUUAGUUUUGGGGAUUCAAACCGAAGCACUUGCAAAGGGAAUGUAUGUAAAGGAAAUGAACAACUCAUUUUGAGAAAGCCAUGGCAAAAUCAAACACAAAGCGCAGAGUUUGUUCUCGGGAAUCAUCAGUAUCUUCUCUCCUGGCAAGCGGCAGCCCAAGUGAUAGUUCCUUCAACUCUGACAGCUCUUUUUGCUACAAGGACAGACUGUACCGCUCUGCUUCUGAGGCUCUGCAGGCCUAUAUCGACGAUUUUGAUCUAAGCAGGGAACACUCUGGCCCAUACACUGGCAACGCAAACCUUGAUGGCGAGUCCAGUAAUAUGCUGCGAUUUCCCAGUGGUGUGUGGAAACCAAACAAUGCUUUUGAAGAUCUUGAUCACAGACUGCAUUUUAAUUCCUUACACUAUAGAAGAGAGACUGUUAAUGACAUGGACUCCAUUAGCCUGACAACGGAUGAUUUGUUAAGACUUCCAGCGGAUGGAUCCUUAUCCUUCACUCAUGUUAUACCUAGUCACCUUGCAAGCAGGAAAAACAAGAAAUACAGUGGAAGAUGGGAUUCACUGGACAUUAAAAAGAAUCCAAAUUUUCAUGUAGACUCUACUUUCAAGAGCAAGGAUAAUGUAGUUACUCCUACUAUAUAUGCAAAUGUAAAUGGAAAGAAAUGUGGUAGUCUCAGAACCCCAAAACCUAUGAAUAGAAAUAAUAAAUGUGUUUUGGAAUCAUCUUUAUCUUUUUCUAAAAAGUCAUCUUUCAAGGACAGUUCAGAACAAAAUCCUGAAAGGAAUUAUCCAAGAUGGCUCACUAGCCAGAAAUCUGACCUUAAUGUUUCAGGGGUCACUAGUCUACCUGAUUUUAAGUAUCCAAUUUGGCUCCAUAAUCAAGACUUACUGCCAGACGCAAAUAGUCAAAGGGCUUAUAACUUAUUUAAUGGAGAUGAAUAUUCUCCUAUAAAUAGUUACCAGACACAAAGAACUACUCAGCUUACAAACAAAGUAGAUUGUUUUGAAUAUUCUUUUGAACCUUCAAACUUUACAGAUACCUUCAGUGAGUAUGAAGGAUUAGCUAAUGAAUAUAAAUGUCAUUGUGAGAACCCACUUCUCCCAGGACAAUCCCCAAAGCCAUUCUGUGGUGACAAAAUUGAAUUGCUUAUCCUGAAGGCUAAGAAGAACCUCAGGCAGUCUACUAAUGACGUCCCAAAGCCCAUGGAAAAGGAUGAUAGUCCCUGUUCCUUAGAUCAACUUGAAGCCGAGCGGUCAUGGGAAAAUGUCCCUGUUACUUUCAAAUCUCCUGUCCCAGUUAAAGCUGAUGACAGUCCUCAACAAAGUUCUAGAAUACAAUGUAUUAAACUUCCUGACAACUUUUUAAAUGAUGAUAAUCAGAGCUCUACUCUCUCUGGAGGCAAACAUCAUGGUCCCGUUGAAGCCUUGAAACAAAUGUUAUUUAACCUUCAAGCAGUACAAGAAAGUUUUAGUCAGAAUAAAAAUCCGGAGCCAGAAGAAGAUAUUAAACAAGUAUCAGAGGAUGAUUUACAAUUGAAGGAAAAUAUGAUUCCAAUUACUGCAUCUCUUCAAAAGGCCUUAGACCAUUUAUCACGCCUGAGGGAGCUGGUCGAUGAUACCAGUGGGAAACAGUCACCAAAAAUGUGAAGAGGAGAACACAACUUUGACCACAAUAAACAGUCACAUAUAAUGCAUUAUGUACUUUUGCUAUUGCUUACAUUGACAAAGUAAAUGUAGGCUAUAUGUUGUCUAUGACAAGAUCAAGUAUAUGACUCUAAACUUGGAAAUAUUUAUAGGCCUGAUUUUAUAUGAAAAAAAAGGUGGAAGACACUUAAGAUAUGUCCUGAAAUAGUUCUUGGGUCUUCAGACCAGAAAAUGCUUAAUAUUCAAAAGAGGAUAAUUUCCUUUCUUAACAUUUUUCUGGACCUCGCUUUUACUGACAUUCUGAUUAUUUGUCAUUUAAUUCUUUGAUGUUAAACUUUUUAGCUUUCUACCUAAAUCUCCUAAAUUUUAUAUUUAUGUGUGUAUGUACUGAAUUUUUUAAGCAGCUUAAAAUAUA